AUGCUAGAAAGAGAGCGACGGCUAAUCGACGAAGAAAAAAUGAUCAAGGCUGAGAGGGCUCGCCUGGAAGCGGAACGAAAAAUGAUGAAGCACGAGUCUGAGUCUAUGAACAGCGGUCGCUCCAAAUCCAUCUAUGAACCUCCGCCAUCAUCUCAAGCAUCCCCAAUGCCGGCACGCGGUAACGUCCGUCCAGUGUUGCUUCCCGAUUUGGGCGAUCAAUCACCUCGACAAAGUUUGCAAUUCGUGGCAGAAUGCGAUUGGAGAGGCAGCAAGCUGGUUGUAGCCACAUUUGACCGGGUUGCUCAGAAUGCCAAGGAACUGACCGUGAGCCGCGGUGAAUAUCUCGAGGUUCUUGAAGACACAAAGAACUGGUGGGAAUGUCGAAAUGUGCAUCAACGGGUCGGCUACGUACCACAUACUAUUCUGUCAAUGGUGCCUUUGGAGCCCGCUGACAGUCGCGAUGUCUACAGUAGCCGUGACAAUGCUUCGUUGCCGAAUGGUCAUGCUGGCAGUCCGAAGCCAGGUAUGCUGCCUGAUGACGCGCCUUCAUACGUGAAAGAGCGUCAGGGUCGGCGCGGCGAGUUCCGAUAUUUCUGA